AUGAACCAGCAACCAGAGGCAUGCGAAACAGAGGCCUCUUCUUUGCAUAAUGGUGUCGAAGACGAACCGGAAAGUGUCUCUGUGAUUGUGAAGCAUAGUGAACAUGAGAGCCUGGAAUUUCUUGGACAAGUGUAUCACCAAGCAAGAGGGGGUGCUGCAACUACUCUCACACAAGAAUCUUAUUAUUAUUCCUUCAACAUUCUGAGAGAAUUCAAGACCCCUACGAGGAACACAGUGCUACAUGUAGCAGCCUUGUACGGAAAUGAUGAGAAGGCGUAUUGCGUGGCGCGUCAAGAACCUGAUCUUGUAGUGUUCUUCAACGAAAACCAGGACACUCCCCUUCAUGUUGCUGCAAGAGCUGGCCAUUUCUCCAUUAUUAAAACGCUCUUGGAUGCUUAUUGGGUCAACUCCAACAACAAUGUGGCACAUUUAUUGCAACUACUGAAGAUGAAGAACAGGAUCCCUCAUCUGCUUCAUCAAUAUCACUCUCUCUCUCUCUCGCAGUCUUGUUAUGAGUUCGCCUUAUAUGAAAUCAACUAUGAAGCUCGCUCGGUGCUGUACUUGGCUGUUGAAUGCAAGCUCACGGAAGCUGUUUACCGAAUCUUGGACAAGUGCCCGGAGAAUGCCACACCAAAAGGAAUAUCACCCCUUGUACAGGCCAUCAUGGGCCGAGAUAAAGAAAUGUUGACAACCAUAGCGGAUAAGAAAGAAGAAUGCAUACAUUUAAGGGAAUGGGACGGAAGGCUUGCUCUUCAUGUUGCAGCAGAGACAGGCUACCACGAAGGUGUUGUUUAUUUACUUGAGAGAUGCAAGCCUUGUAGCAUUCGUAGGGACAUACUUGGCUUCCUCCCACUUCAUCUAGCAGCUCGUCAUGGCCAUUUGGAAGUGGUUAAAGAAUUGUUGGGCUACUGUCCAGAUCUCGACGAGAUGCUUGAUGCAGGUGGCAACAAUAUUCUUCACAUUGCAGCAAAAGGUGGAGAGCUUAAUAUGGUGAACUUCAUCCUUCAAACACCUCUACUUGAGAAGAUGAUAAACCAGAGGAAUAUAGAAGGAGAAACACCUUUGCAUGUAGCUACAUCCCAUGGAGAAGCCAAGAUUGUGCACGCCUUAACAUGGGACAACAGGGUUGAUCUUAACGUGGUUAACUCAUCAAGAAAAGGGGGGCAAACACCUCUUGAUAUUGCAAAUAGGAAUUUUUAUGCUGCUGCAGCGUCAAAAGUUGCACCCUUCGAAAGGCAACGGCACAAGGACACAGUAGAGUCAUUGAGUGUGAUCUCAACACUCAUAAUCACAGCUUCGGUGGCAGCAUGUUUGGCUGUGCCAGGAGAGGCAGAUGGCGCCGCCAAUAACCUGCACAAGGCCAUGUUUCACCUCUUCAUCUUCUGCAUCACAGUGUCUAUGUUUACUUCCACUGCUGCCACUAUCAUACUCAUCUGGGGAAGACUCGGUGUGGUUCAAUUGUUGAAUCUAGUUAUGGUGGUGGCACUGCCGCUUCUAGGAACCGCUGUUGUUACACUUUUUCUGGCGUUCAUGGCAGGUAUCUACACAGUUAUAAGCAAACUCACCUGGCUGGCCACAACCUUUCUGAUUAUAACUUGCAUAUUUGUGGCCAUCAUCUGUGUCUUGUUCUUCCUCCUUUUCCUCCCCACUUCGUGUACCGGCAAGAUCUCACGCUACAUUUCUUACUACCCCUUUAUUUUUCUAGCAUCGCUUGCUGAGAAGGAACGACAAUUGCCCCUUGCUUUUGUUGCCGAACCUAAGGAGUAGAAGUCCCUGGAGACAAAGAUCCAUCGUAUCUAUCUCUCCUGGAAAUACUAUAAGUCAUAACAUAAUAGAAUCUUAGCUUGUUAACACGUGUUCAA